AUGGGCCAGGACACCAAUAGCACGGGCCAAGAUUCCGGCAAGUCACUGUCGCCUGCCCCGCAGCAUAGACGCGGCUAUCAGGCAUGCGAUCCGUGUCGCAAACGAAAGGUGAAAUGUGAUCUAGGCAGUGUCGAUAAUCCUCGUCCCCCGCCCUGCGUGCGAUGUCGACGUGAGAGUAAACUAUGUGAAUUUUCGGCCACCAGGCGCAAGCGCAAGGCCUCCGAAGCCGCCGAGGAUGCUGAGGCCGCUGAUGUUCUCCGCCGCGACAAGCGGAUGAUGACCGGAGAGACACCUACGAAAAAGGAACUACCUGAGGGGUCACCCUUCCCUCAAUCAGAACCGCCGCUCGAUACCGAAGCCUUUCGUGCUCGCCAGAGAUGGUCCGAGGCGGCACCGGCACCGGCUCCAGCUCCAGCCAGCCAACGAUAUACUCCAAGUGCGCCGCUUGCUUCCCCAGCAAGGCAGUUUUUAGAAUCAAGGAAUCCCUCCCUGCCGACAUAUCCAAUAGGGGAUCGCACUUCUGUGCCUGGGUACGGCGGACAGCCCAUGAUGAACCGGACUGCCGUGGAGCUGUUGUCACCUGCUAUUACCAAUACCCACGACGCUUUACAUCUUCUCUCUGAAGCGGCGGGGCGGACCGAGGAUUUGAAUCGCUUCGCUACACGUCAAUCCGUUUCCUCCUUCAAUUCAGGCCCUUCGCCUCUGGCGCAUGGCAACUCCCCAGGGAACCUGAGCGGAUCCCUUACACGAACUCCUCGGUCGGCCAUGUCCAUGGCUGGAAAUGCAUACUACCAAGGUGGUGGCCCCGGUAUUGUGGAUCCUCAGGUCUCCGAUAAUAAUGGCCACCAAGAGGAACCGACGAACCUUCAAGACCCGGGAUACAUCGACGCUAUUCGAGCAUGGUCACGGUUGCGAUUCGUCCGCGCUGGCUGGAUGACGGUGGAAGAGGGCAUGGAGUAUGUGGCAUACUAUUAUGAGAACCUCGCACCGAUGAGCCCUGUGGUGACCCCGGACUAUUCUCAUCCUUCUACACAUCGGACGCUACUUACCGAGGAACCGGUACUUGCUGUGACCAUUCUCACAAUUGCUUCUCGGCAUCUAAAACCCAAGGGUGAUGGUGCUAGUACAAGAGCAUUCUACAUCCACGACCGCCUCUGGUCAUACUUGCGCGGCAUGAUCGAGCGCCUCUUCUGGGGCCAGGAGAAAUUCGAUGCUGGAGGCCCGGGUAUCGGCCGGCCUCGCGGCCUCGAUCUUGGAUCAAACUCAGGCAGGCCAAAUGCUAAAGGAAACUUGAGAGCUUUGGGUACUGUGGAAGCGUUGUUGAUUCUAACCGAUUGGCACCCACGGAAUCUUCACUUCCCCCCUGGUGAUGACGAAAACACGCUUCUAGAUAGGGAGGCCCAAAGCCAAAGUCGUGCCGACAAGGAUAUUGACACCGAAAGUGAACAGAUCGGUAACAAGGGACAGAAUAGCUCUGCCGAAGGUCGAGUCGCUUUUCAAAAAUGGCUGGAGCCUGCCUGGCGAUCAGACCGGAUGUCGUGGAUGCUCUUGAGCACUGCACAAGCUCUGGCAUUUGAGCUUGGCGUUUUCGAUCACAAGAGCGAGUCGAAAGGUGCACUGGAAACACUCCCUGAGCAGAUAAGGAAGCGCCGGCUGCGUCGAUUGAUUCUUGUUUUCAUUACGCACAGCAGUGGUCGGCUUGGAAUCCCAUCAAUGCUUCCCCUGCCAGAAUGGGGUCAAGAUCUUCCCCCAACAUCAGCUGACGCCAAGAGUGACAGCCCGGAUCUUGACCAGAUGCAAGAUUGCUGGAUGGAAAUAUCGCAGAUUGUGUAUGAUGCCAAUCACCAGCUAUUUGCCUCGAGCGAGCAAACUUCGGAGUUGAUUAGGAGCGGACGAUACCGGGAGCGAAUCGACUGGUUCCAGCCUCAGCUGCGAGCGUUCAGACAGCACUUGGAUCGCGUUAACCUUACUCCGGCCAUGCGAAACAUCCUGAUGAUCGAAUACGAGUACACACGGCUCUACGUCAAUUCUCUUGCUCUCCAAGCGGUCGUCGACCGUUGGACAACAAUGUCCAGUGAGUCUGCCCAGGUGCAGCCCGGAGGGUCAGGCUCGGGACCAACCUCUGGCAGCAGCGGGUGGUUCCGGACACUGAUGGAGCUCUAUCGCGUCAACGAGCACUAUAUCCAAGAAGUUGUGGAUUCCUCGCGGCGAAUCCUGCAGACAGUUCUGGAGGGACUCGUUCCCGGAGGCCGUCUCAAGCAUGCACCCAUUCGGACCUUCUUCCGUAUCCUCUCGGGCAUGAUUUUCAUCCUGAAAACUUUCACCCUCGGUGCUCGUGAAGACGACGUGCGGGUCUCUCUAGACCUACAGGACCGGACAGUGGAGGCACUGCGGACCUUCGUUGUCGAUGACGUGCACAUCAGUAACACCGUUGCUCGAUUGCUGGAGCUGCUCACAAGCAGCAUCCGCACACGAUUCCUGCGUUUCGCACCGCAUGACCGCGGAGGGGACGGAGAAGGUGCCGAUCGCGGGUCAGCGCCGGCUUCACGAGCCCAUUCUCCGCCGCGCGAUAACGUGUCAGGUCGUCGAGACGGCCCGCACGCACCCUGGUCAUCGACUCAGAGCCAAGAUGCAACUCCAAGCGGAGGUGGACUGGGGUAUUUGGAAAGCAACGGGAAUCCGCCAGGACCGAUCGGAUCAGCCCACGAUCCUUUGGCCAACAUUCCCGCCCAGCCGAUAAACUCGUCCAACUUGGGUGUAUCGUUCAUGCCGCCGCCUCCGUCGGUGUAUUACAACUACUAUGACUCGAACUCGGCCAUGCCUGCCAACGAGAUGGAACGAUCCUCGCCGAGUCACGUCGUCCCCCACACCGUCGGGGACAGCAACGGAGCGAACGCAACAUCCGGCGGGUUGCCAGACUGGUUUGCGCUGCCGCUGGAUCAAUUCUUCAACAGCUCCACCGGGGUUGUUGACCAGGGCCUGGGUGGAACUGGACCGAUGCUGGGCGAGUUUGACAUGCUAGAGGUGCUCCUGAAUGAGGGCUAUGACGGCAACGCCAACGGCGAGGGCGAGUCUGGGGGCGGGGCACUCACCUCCCAGUUCCUGUAA